UACGUAAUGCUCCCUCUGCUGCUAACCCUGCAUCUUCCUCCCAAACCCAAAACAGCCAAAGGCGCUGCUUUUGCCCGGCUUGAAUCAAGUCUCUAGUCUUGUGUUUGUUAUUUUUUAAGGGAUGUAGAAUGGCGUCGACCUUUGGGAAGAUAGUCGUCGGUACUUAUGUGGAGAUUAAGCGGAGUGAUGGGCGUAUACAUCAGGCGAUGGUGACGUCCAUGAAUGAGGACAACGAGAGCGUCACUGUGGAAUGGAUAGAAAACGGGGACACCAAAGGGAAGGAGAUCGAUUUGGAGAGUAUUUUUGCACUUAAUCCAGACGUAUCACCAGAUGAGGAGAUUGCCCCUAGCCCAGAGACUCCACCUCCGCCCACACCCACGUCUGUGAAAGUCAGCAAAAUUGCAAAGAACCGACGGACGAUAGCACCUCCCAAAAAUGAUACUCCAUCAAAGGACAACAGAGCGAUUCCAAUCCGAGCCAGACCUCUACAGCCUCAGCAGCCAGAACCGGCUCCGCCUCCUCCGGUCCAGCAGCCUACCCAGUUUCAGACACAGCAGCAGCAACAGAACGAAUCCGCCCUUCAGCUGAUCUCCAGAAAGGAGUCUGGACAGCUUUCGAGGAGGAAGUCGAACUGCGUGAAGGAGGUGGAGAAGCUGCAGGAGAAAAGAGAGCGGCGCCGACUUCAGCAGCAGGAGCUCCGGGAGAAAAGAGCUCAGGAGGUGGACACCACCGUCCCCAACUACGAGAUCCUGUACAUGAUCCGCGACUUCAGGGCCAGUCUGGAUUACCGGCCCCUGACCACAGCUGACGUGAUCGAAGAGCACAGAAUAUGUGUUUGUGUGAGGAAACGACCACUCAACAAGAAAGAGCUGACCAUGAAGGAUCUGGACGUGAUCACCAUCCCCAGCAAAGACGUGGUGAUGGUGCACGAGCCGAAGCAGAAGGUGGACCUCACCCGCUACCUGGAGAACCAGACGUUCCGCUUCGACUACGCCUUCGACGACAGCUCCAGCAACGAGAUGGUUUACAGGUUUACCGCCAGGCCUUUGGUGGAGACCAUUUUCGAACGGGGCAUGGCCACCUGCUUUGCUUACGGCCAGACGGGCAGCGGUAAAACACACACUAUGGGAGGAGACUUCUCUGGGAAGAACCAAGACUGCUCCAAAGGAAUUUACGCGCUGGCGGCCCGGGACGUGUUCCUCAUGCUGAAGAAGCCCAACUACAAGAAGUUAGAGCUGCAAGUGUACGCCACCUUUUUUGAAAUCUACAGCGGAAAAGUGUUCGACCUGCUGAACUGUAAAGCUAAGCUGAGGGUUCUGGAGGACGGGAAGCAGCAGGUGCAGGUGGUGGGCCUCCAGGAGAAGCAGGUCAAAUGCACAGAAGAUGUCCUGAAACUCAUCGAAGUGGGGAACAGCUGCAGAACAUCUGGGCAGACAUCAGCCAACGCUCACUCCUCGCGGAGCCACGCCGUAUUCCAGAUCAUCCUUCGCAAGAAGGGGAAGAUGCACGGCAAGUUCUCCCUCAUCGACCUCGCGGGGAACGAAAGAGGCGCCGACACGUCGAGCGCCGACCGACAGACUCGUCUGGAAGGAGCCGAGAUAAACAAGAGCCUGCUGGCCCUGAAGGAAUGUAUCCGGGCUCUGGGUCGGAACAAGCCCCACACGCCUUUCCGAGCCAGCAAGCUGACGCAGGUCCUCCGGGACUCCUUCAUCGGGGAGAACUCGCGCACGUGCAUGAUCGCGACCAUCUCUCCUGGAAUGACGUCCUGCGAGAACACGCUGAACACGCUGCGCUACGCCAACAGGGUGAAGGAGUUCGGCAUUAGUCCGUCAGACAUCCCCUUCUCCCAGGGCGGUCAGGGGAGUCGCCCCGAGCAUUCGCCCACCAAUACCUUUGAGUUCGAUGACUUUGCUGCGACCUCUCCCAGCAGGGUGAAGGAGCUGACCGUGGACCCCAACCAGGUGAUGGAGGGAGGAAGAGCCAACAACCACGCCGUCAACCAGCUGGACGUCUCAGACGAGGAGUGGCUGAGCAUCUCGCCGCAGAGAGACGACCUCAAACUGCUCUGUGAGCAGAAUGAGGAGGAGGUGUCUCCGCAGCUCUUCACGUUCCACGAGGCCGUGUCCCAGCUGGUGGAGAUGGAGGAGCAGGUUCUGGAGGACCACAGAGCCGUGUUCCAGGAGUCCAUCCGGUGGCUGGAGGACGAGAAGGUGCUGCUGGAGAUGACGGAGGAGGUGGACUACGACGUGGAGUCGUACGCCACGCAGCUGGAGCAGAUCCUGGACCAGAAAAUAGACAUCCUGACGGAGCUCAGAGAUAAGGUGAAGUCGUUCCGCUCCACGCUGCAGGAGGAGGAGCAAGCCAGCAAGCAGAUCAACCCCAAGAGGCCGCGGGCUCUUUAGGCAGCCCGGCCAGGUUCCCCGGAGCGAGCCGUUCAGAAGCAGAACCACUAGAACCUCAGCACCACUCUGGCUGCUGGGGGAGGAAAAACCCGAUAAAAGGACAUUUAACACGGCAACGGGCUCCGAAAAGUCGUAUUUGUUCUCCUAACAGAAGCCACUGCGCUCUCACUCUAUGGUUAGCUGUUUUAGGAGGGGGGACUGACUUUCCUUCCAUCUUUAGGUGCCCCCCCCCCCCCCCCCCCCCCCGAAUGUUUAGUUUCAUUCUGUGUCCGUAAAUUAUUUGUUUUCUUUUCUACUUCUUUCUACUUGGAGCUGAAUUCUUUUGACUGGAUUUAUGAAGAGGGUUCUAGUUGAGCUCAUUUCAAAGCUGAACGCGCCGCCGCUGUCCGUCGGCCUCCUGCUCGUCUGCAUGUGAGCUCCACCGCAGCUCCUCGUUCAGUCGCUCCUCUCCUCCCUCGCGUCCCGACACGCCGCGACGCCGACCUUUUCCACCCGUUUGUAACUGUUUACAAAAACAAAAAAGAAAGGAACCGAGAAGAACUGUUAAUAAGUGUAUAGUGAAGACCACUGACCUCCCCCCCCACCUCCGGUUCAUGUUUCUCAGAGUUUGCACUGGAUGUUAUGCUGGAGGGAGUUUAAAAGAAGAAGAAGAAAAAAAUGCUGUUUAAUUUGAAUGACUUGUGUGACAUGUUCUCUAAAUAAACUGAGCAUCUUCCAUUGUACUAAAACGGACCCUGUGAAGGUGGUCCGCUCUCCUGGUCCCUUUGGUACAUUUUUUAUUGGAGUUUUGCCAAAGCUGCAUGGGGGGAGAAGAAAUAAAAAACAGGAAACACGUUUUAUGGCAAAUUAUAAUAAAACAUUGUUUUUGGUUCAAAUCUUAUUCAGGUGCCUGUUUUCCAGAAUUUCUAAAUAGAAUAAAAAUAUUUUUAACAC